UGGGAUCGUGCCGGCCGAACAGACUUCAAACGAAUUCACGUGCUGUAUAUCCUCGAUGCUAACGGGUGUUUUUAUAUGAGGAAAGCAAGCAAUCGUGGAAGCUUGGCAUGACGGGUGCUUCGGAAGAUACCAAGAUGAAGAGGCAGUGGAUCCAUCCGUCGUGCGUCCUCCCUCUGCUCGUCGCCGUCUUCCUGCUCCUCACGUUCCAGUGCUCCCUGCGCCACGCCCUGCAGCCUCCUAGACGUGCCGCGGCUGCGCCGGCCGAUGUCGUGGGAAGCUACUACGACGCCACGCUCAUGGAGCUCUCGGCGGUGGACCCGGCGGCGUCGGCGGUGCUGCGGGCCGCAGAGAGGCUGCUCGAGGGGAACAUGUCGAGGGCGCCCGCGGAUCACCGGGACGCCGCGGUGCAGGGCUUGCGCGACUGGCUGAGCAGGCAGCGGUUCGAGCCUGGAGUGAUGUCCGAGCUCGUGGACCUCAUCAAACGCCCCAUCGACAGGUACGUCGGGGCGAGGGACGAGCGCCGAAGGUACGCGUCGUGCGCUGUGGUCGGGAACAGCGGCAUCCUGCUGGCGACGGAGCACGGGGCGCUCAUCGAUAGACACGAGCUGGUGGUCCGGCUCAACAACGCGCCCGCGGGCGGCAGCAGCGACGCGCGGCUCGCGCGCCACGUGGGCGCCAAGACCGGCCUGGCGUUCCUCAACAGCAACGUGCUGAGCCGGUGCACGGCCCGCAGCGGCUGCCGGUACUGCCGCGCCUACGGCCAGCGCGUGCCCAUCCUGACGUAUAUGUGCAAUGCCCGGCACUUCGUUGAGCACGCGGUGUGCAGCGCAGACGCCUCCCCGGCCCCGGGCGCCUCCGCGGCUCCGGUGAUUGUGACGGACCCGCGGCUGGACGCGCUGUGCGCGCGGCUUGUCAAGUACUACUCGCUGCGCCGGUUCGUGCGCGAGACGGGGCGGCCGGCGGCGGAGUGGGGGAAGCGGCACGAGGAGGGGAUGUUCCACUACUCGUCGGGGAUGCAGGCGGUGGUGGCAGCGGCCGGGGUGUGCGACCGGGUGUCCGUGUUCGGGUUCGGCAAGGACCCGGGCGCGCGGCACCACUACCACACGCUGCAACGGGCCGAGCUGGACCUGCACGACUACGAGGCCGAGUACGAGUUCUACCGGGACCUCGAGGCGCGGCCCGAGGCCAUACCGUUCCUCCGGGACUCCAGCUUCAGGCUGCCGCCGGUGGUGUUCUACCGAUGACCAUGGCGUGCACAGCGUGUGCCAGUUCGCUUCUCUGCGUUUGGCGCUAGCCGACGUACACACGUAUGGUUCGUUCAUCAGCAUCACUUGUUUUCAAGCUUUGUGGUGUGCACUACGUGCAUUCCAUGAUGUGAGCCUGCAGUUAUGUGAUGAUUUCUUUGUACCUAGACGUAUUUGCUAGUCACCCGAUGGAACCUAAACAUGUGUUUCAUCGGUGCAAAGGAAAUUUACGAAUGUACAUGAAAAUUUGAUU